UAUGUAUUCAUUCUAUAGUGUUUUUGGUCCAUUCUAACUAAGUGGAAUCGAAAGUCUGGGGAUCCGCAGCCCCAACCCGGUAUCAGGUGUCCAACAGAGUACUUGUAACUUCACGGACCUGCAACAGCUGCCCGUACCUGACACAUGGCAUUUCGUUUCUUUUCUAAAUCUCUACUCUACGGCCUGCCACUGGGGAUUACCUUCCUCGACUGCGUGGGCUAUGUAGCCAGAGUGGAUGGUACCAGCAUGCAACCCGCACUCAAUCCAGUGGCAGAUGUGAGGGAUUAUGUGUUCCUGUUGCGUUGGGGGAAUCACAACAGCGAUGUAGAGAGAGGGGACAUAAUAUCGUUGGUAUCGCCGAAGGACCCCGGCCAGAAGAUUAUCAAACGUGUGGUGGGCCUGCAAGGCGAUGUGGUUUCCACGAUAGGCUACCGUGAUCCAAUAGUGAGCGUCCCACAGGGCCAUUGUUGGGUGGAGGGUGACCACACGGGCCACUCCAUGGACAGCAACACAUUCGGGCCGGUGGCCCUGGGUCUGAUGACGGCGAAGGCGGUGGCAAUCGUGUGGCCUCCAGAGCGUUGGCGGCUGCUGGAGAACGAGCUGCCCAGACGACGUGCGCCCAUUCAAGUGGCCAAGACUAGCCACUACAAUUAGCCCGAGGCUAGAAGACUGACCAGUUAAGAGUCUUUUCGACGAUAGUUCCAGUUAUGUGCAUCCAAAGAUACAUAUGUACAUAAUCCGAUGUUGUGGUCCCUCCCAAGCAAGAGAAGAAUGUUCAAAAUUAAAAAUGAAACCAAAUAAA